ACCCCUGGUCCACAGCUGACUCCGUUUUUGUUUUUUGUUUUUUUGGCUGGGACUCCAGUAGCUAAUAAUAAACCACAAACGCCAUCAUGUCGGCGUUGCCUCUCGUGAUUCUGCUGUUUUUCAGAGCGAUUGAUUUGUCUUCCUCUGGCGACUGUGAAGUGUGUGAGAGUUUUCUCCGUAGGCUGUACGACAGCCUGAACGUGGCCCACACUGAUCUGACCCCUGCCCUGGUGGAGGAGGAGCUGGAGCGGAGCUGCACGGUGGCCCAGGGCAAAGAGGCCCGGCUGUGCUACUACCUGGGAGCCAGCAGUGACGCAGCAACACGGGUCACAGCCUCCGUGUCCAGACCGCUGGCCUCCCACGUCCCCGUGGAGAAGAUCUGUCAGCGGCUCAGCAGCAGAGACACUCAGAUCUGUCAGCUCAGAUACGAGCCUCGGCUGAAGGACCUGAGCAGCGAGUCACUGCAGAAGCUGAGGGUGUUGGAGCUGAGGAACAUCUUAGCCUCGUGGGGUGAAGAGUGUCGCGGCUGCCUGGAGAAACACGAGUUCGUCAGCCUCAUCCAGCGGAAGGCAUCACAGCACGGGGGCGCUGUUUGACUCUGAAUGACUUCAGUCACUGCAGGCUCGAGUAUGAACGAGUGAAGGGGUGACAGGAGGGGGUCGUCGGUGACGUCAUUGAGUCCGUGGCAUCAGAAAAAAAAGUUUUUAUUUUGUUCUCUGUAUACAUGUUAAUAAAGUCAUUAUUUACAUCCACUUUA